UUUUUACGUAUAUAUCAUUAAAUACUAUUCAAGCAUAUUUUUGUUAAAAUACUGAGACAAACUCUUUUCAGCAGCACUAUCGAAUUAUCAUAAGCAACUGUAUUACAAGCAUAGGAAUAAACAUUUCUAAUUACACUGUCCUGUAUGGAUCUGUUAUUUGGAAAAAAAAGAGUAGUUUUCCAUAAUUUUUUAUGCGCUCAAUCCCAAACAUUGAUCUUUUAGAUACGAACAAUACGUAUUAUAAGAAAAAUAUGCCAGAAAAUAGCAAUUUCUGCUGCACUAACAAAAAUUUUUUUGUAAUUUUGUUUAUAAAAUUUUAAAAUAAUUUUUUCUUUUAAAAGGGGUUUUAUUUUGCUUCCGAUCUUUUUAAGCCAGUUUAUGGUUAAAACUACUAUUACUAUUUCCUUUAAUAUAUACUUUUCAGACAGAUUUUUGGUUUUAUUAUCUCAUGCUUUUCUUAUACAAAAGAUUUUCAGACUAUAUAUGUCGUAAGCUUACUAAGGUAGAUCAUUCGGUCGUAUAAAUAAUGUUAAUUCUAUUCUAAUUUAUUUCAAAGAGAAAAGUUAGUUAUUUUUUAAGAUAGUAUAAUGGUUAUUCAAGAAAAGAACCAUUUUUCUUCGGAAUAGCAUUAUAAACAUGAUGAUGGCCAAAUUCUUCAAAUGCAAAGCAUUUUUUUCUUCGAUUUUGUGUAUGUCAAAAUCUUCAUGUUACGUAUUUUUGGAGACCAAAUUUGAUUUUAGCGCACAAACAAAAUUCAACAGAAUUCUACAAAAUUCAACAAAAUUCUACAGAAAAUUCUUUCGGGAUCAGAAAAAAAUGUCUACCACGAAUUCGAAUUUACCGCGUUACACAGAUCCACGCGUUCUCUCGGCUAUCCUCAUUGUUAACGCGUUCGCGCAGGUUCCGCGCGUUGCCGAGCACCGCGUGUAAAAUGGUGGUUACCGCGGAGGUAGCGAAACCUGUACUGCGCAGUGACGUCACGUCGUCGUCGCGUUGUGCGGUUAUGCUCCUAUGAACUUCCGCCAUUAAGAGUGCUGUGUACGCCGAGAGUUUUAUGGCACAGUGGUUGACUGGAAAUAUGUGACGGAAGAUCGGUGGUGGACGAUUCCAGGAUCCCGUGUUUGCCGUAUAGCGACCGAUUUCUUCGUUACCGGCGUGGUGCGCGCGCGCGUAUCCUUCUGCUCGUAAGCGUACGCUCGCCGUUAAGUCCCACACCGGGAAUAAACUUGAGUGCGAACACUCCGCUUGUGUGUUGUUCCCCGUGUUGUGCGAGAUGGCCGGUAAGUAGUGGCUCCAAGCAAUCGUGGCUGUUUGUAAACGUACAUGCUCGUGCCGCCGAUGCGCGACGACGGCGACGGUGCGUCGUCGCUUUUGCUGGGCAGCUCGCGCCUCCUCGCUUCUCGCCGUGCAGUGAGGCGAACCUUCGGCCAAGUCAAAGCCGCGAGUACAUCUUCAACGCUCUCGUGCACCGGGUGUGUUCGCUUGCUUAAUCUUCGCGUCUUCGAAUAAUAAACGCAUUCUUCGCGUGUCCCGCACUCCGGAUUCUGCCCGAGUGCGAGGGGGGCGGGGGCAGAUACGUCUAUGUGCUUGUCGUCGGCGACGACAGCGGCGGCGACGGCGGCGGCGGUGGCGGCGGCGGCGGCGGCGGCGGCGGCGGCCUAGAAACACGAUGGAUCACGCCGAAACUUCAAGCAAUGGGGACAUACAGUGGUGUUUCUCACAAGUGAAGGGGACCUUAGAAGACGACGUCACAGAAGCUGAUAUAAUCUCAUGCGUUGAAUUUAACCAUGAUGGCGAUCUUCUUGCAACAGGAGACAAGGGUGGGCGUGUUGUCAUUUUUCAGAGAGAUCCUAUUAGUAAAAACAGUAUACCGCGAAGAGGCGAGUACAACGUAUAUAGCACCUUCCAGAGCCAUGAACCUGAGUUCGAUUACCUAAAAUCAUUAGAGAUAGAAGAAAAAAUUAAUAAAAUUAGGUGGCUAAAAAGAAAGAAUCCUGCCCACUUUUUACUUUCCACCAACGAUAAAACUAUCAAGCUGUGGAAAGUUAGUGAGAGAGAUAAAAGAGUGGAAGGGUAUAAUACGAAAGAAGAGAAUGGCACGAUUCGUGAUCCUGCUUGCAUUACUGCCUUGAGGGUGCCAACCAUAAAACCAAUGGAGUUGAUGGUAGAGGCGUCACCAAGGAGAAUAUUUGCUAAUGCGCACACCUAUCAUAUAAACAGUAUAAGUGUCAAUAGUGAUCAAGAGACAUACCUCAGUGCUGAUGAUCUUAGAAUUAAUCUAUGGCAUCUCGAAAUUACUGACCAGAGUUUUAAUAUAGUGGACAUUAAACCAACUAACAUGGAAGAAUUAACAGAAGUCAUAACCGCGGCAGAAUUUCAUCCUGCGGAAUGCAAUGUGUUGGUGUACAGUAGCAGCAAGGGAACCAUCAGACUUUGCGAUAUGAGAUCUGCUGCUCUUUGCGAUCAACAUAGCAAACUCUUCGAAGAACCUGAGGAUCCAACUAAUAGGAGUUUUUUCUCGGAGAUUAUUUCCAGUAUAAGUGAUGUGAAGCUAAGUAAUUCUGGGAGAUACAUGAUUAGUAGAGACUACCUCAGUGUGAAAGUAUGGGACUUGCAAAUGGAGACAAAACCAAUCGAAUGUUAUCCUGUACACGAAUACUUAAGAUCAAAAUUAUGUUCGUUGUAUGAAAAUGACUGCAUCUUUGACAAGUUUGAAUGUUGUUGGAGUGGUACUGAUUCUGCCAUCAUGACGGGGUCGUAUAACAAUUUCUUCAGAGUAUUUGAUCGUACAACCAAACGCGAUCUUACAUUGGAGGCGGCACGUGACAUUGCCAAACCAAAAACGCUCUUGAAACCAAGAAAGGUAUGCACCGGUGGUAAACGUAAGAAAGAUGAGAUUAGUGUCGACUGUCUGGACUUCAAUAAGAAAAUACUUCAUACCGCAUGGCAUCCAUCUGAAAAUGUGGUGGCUGUCGCUGCUACGAACAAUCUCUUCCUAUUCCAAGACAAACUCUAGCAUAUCUGUAUGCAAAUUAUACAACGGUAUAUAUUGACGUGAGCUAGGCACGUUGAACUGAAAGUUCCCAAUGGAACCACGGGUGUUCGAAUAAUACUGACGAUAGUCGACUGCUGAGCAAUCUGUCAGCGAUCGAUUGACCGAGGAGUGGUGUAUGUAGCGCCGUCCACGCAGCUCACACAUUCAUAUGUGAUAUAUAUAUAUAUAUAUUAUAUAUAUAUAUAUAUAUAUAUAUAUAUAUAUAUAUAUAUAUCACACACACACACACGCGCGCGCGUGCGCGCAAAAGCAGCAACACACGAACACACACACGUACAGAAUUGCACUUUACAAUACUUUGUCGCGCGUAUAUGUGUAUGAAAAGAGAUAUGCAAGUACACGCAUAACUUGAAAUGCAAAACUCAUGCAUAAUUCUAACCUAUCAAGUUUGCUAACUCAAAUAUAUUUGCAAACGAAAAAAAAGGAAAUAGACUAUUCGGAAAAGGAAAUAGACUAUUCGGCAGAAUAUAUGAUUCUCAAGCAAUUUACAGACUCGUGUUGGCAGUUAAUAUACAUAUAAUUUAUAAUUACUAAUGAUCAGUAAUUUCUUGCCUGUAUCAUAGAAAUUGUGCCAUCGUAUAGCGCAGUUUACACAUGAUUUCACUAUCUCAGGUGCUUUGGUCAUAGCAUUGAGAUGGACGGCACUGUGAGCAAAGAGGGACAGAGAGAAGACAGAGAGUGAGAGUAUCAACUACCUACAAGCCGUUUGUUGCGGUUUACAUACAAUUAAUACGAAUACAUGGUACAAACACUAAGUUUUUCUUAAUUAAUAUGCCUAAUUAACACGAAAAAAGAACAGAAGGUCAGUCGUGCCAACGAGUUUAAACUGUAAUUAUUGUAAUAUUGUAAUUUUACUUGUCAUACAGCACUUUCCAAUGAACUGUAAACGAAGAAAUACGCAAUAGUUUGCUAAAGAAAGUUUUUCUCCUAGAAAUCACUUUGCAAAUAAUAAUCAAUCGGUGCAUUGAUCUGACCUUAAAAUAAGUACAGAAUAAGUGAAAGAAAAAAAAAACAUUUACGAAUAGUUUCGAUCGUAGAAUCGAAAUAAUGACAGUUACCAUUAUGAGGAAAGCCGACUUUCGAUAAAAUAGCCUAUAAAAUAGCCUCUAAAUCAUCAAUCUACCAUUCACCUAUUUUUUGUCAUGCAUAUUAAGUGUAGGCCUAUUUUCUUGUUAAUUUAUUAUUCUUUUAAACGAAUUGUUUGUCGCAAUCGCAGAAUAGUCGCCAAUACGAGUCAAAUGCUAAUGUGGAAAGUAACAUAUCUUUCCUUUCAUUAUAUAUAUACGGAAAGACUAAAUGUCACGCAACACUGAAUAUAUUGAGCAAUAAGUGACGCCGAUUUCAAACAAAAUGUAAAUCAAUCGUCAUUUUCUAAAAAAGAUUAUUCGAGAAAGAGAGAGAGAAAGAGAGAAAUAGAAAUUCGAAUAAAUGGAAUACAGAUUUUCUAAUCUUUCUUAUCAAUAAUUUAACGACACUCUUGUACUCCUACAGAUAUAAGCCGCAAUUUCGUACAUGAAUAUAAUACUAAACCUAAAAGUGCAUUUGACGAUGGUAAGCUGGGCUUGCAGAGUUUGUAUAAAGCAUUUGCUGAAUAAUAUACACCAGCAUAAUGUAACUUUGAUAAAUAUCCAAAUAUCGUUAAAGUAUUCAUGUUAAAAACUCACACGUUGAAUCUUUUAAUCGUUUAUUUCUUCCGAGUACAUCAGUUGAUUAUGUUGUGAUAGCUUUUUAUUGUGUUCUAAAAUUAUUAAGGACCAAUAAAUGCAUAAAUAAAUGUGGAUUUGUAUGUACGCGCGCGCGCGCGCGUGUGUGUGUGUGUGUGGCGCGUGCGUGCGCGUGUGUGUGUGCGCGCGCGCACGCGUAUGUAAACAUUCAGCAAAGUAAUAUACAAUAGACAUGACUGCAAAAAGCUUGAUUGCAAAAACAAUAAAAAUAUAAGAAAAACUGAUAUACAUAAACCAUUUUGCAUACUAAUUUUCGAUGCCAAUCGAUAAUAAUUAAUAUGUUUUAGAAGUCUUUGCUACGCGUUAAAAUGUGCUUCCUAAUCGAUAUUAUAAUUUCACAAUAUAAGAAAGAAAUGUUUUUGUUGGGAUAAAUAUAUCACGUAUGAUCAAAGACAUUUCUUAUGUCGCGUGUGAGUUUUAAAUAUGAAUUGUGAUAAAAAGUGUAAAGCUAUUUCUAAAGUAAAUUAGUGUGAGAAGACAGCUUCGUGAUAACACGUAAGAAUAAAGUUACAAAUUUAUAGAGACAAAAUUGAAAUACAAUGAAAAAGUAUAUACAUACAUACGAAAUGUAAUUUUCUAUGAUUAAAAAUAAUGCAAAAGCUUCUCUUCAUUAACUCUUUCGGUGAUCACCAAUAUAUAGGAAUAAAUAAAAUUUAAGACUAUAAUGAGUUUGAUAUUGAAAUAAUUCUCAACUAUUCGACAAAUAAUUUCCUCUUAAUUUUUUAUAUAGGCGCAAGUAGGUAGUUUUUUUAAAAAGGGAUACGUGAUCUCGAUGAUCGAAUUAUAUCUUAAUAAAGUUGAUCUGAUUAAACAUCAUGGAACAUGAUUUAAAUUGUUAACAAUUCGUUUAGAAAUCUGUUCUAUCUAAUUAGUAAUUACAUAGAGAAAUAUUAAAUUUACAGAAAUCCAUUUUUUUAAAUUGUAUAUUUCAGGAUCACUUGACGAUUAUUUUAACGAUUUUAUACAUAGGUGCUGUUAAGUUAUAAAUCUGAGAUACUUGGUAUAUCCUGUGCGCUGAUUUCGAGAACCAAUAAAUUGCGUAUUAUUAUGUUUCUGGUAA